UCAUGAAAUGCGCAUUGCAACGAGAUGCGAGAACAGUUCAGUACGCAAGAGAUCUAGUGAGUUCUUCCCCUGGAGGCUCGCUAAUAGAUAAUGCUGGAUAAUGCUGCAUUGCUGCCAUGCUGGUAAGCCUUCAGAGGGGGAUGCAAGCGCAGGACAGUCCACAAGAGUCGGGCAAGCGCUUUCCGAUCUAGAAUUCAGCUGAGCAUUGAAGUCAUGGCAACUCAGGCAUGCAAGAACGCCUCCAAGUCUGGCAGUGGGAGCCCCCUUACCCGAAAUUUCGACGGCAGAGUUAAUCAAGCAAGAAGCCAUAGAUCUGAUUAUCUUUCCUCAUCCCAGAAUUUUUCAUCUGCCAACGUAACAGCAGCUUUGCAGAGAGCUAAAGUGCCUCUUCGAUCCUGCCGUCGACACUUGGGCGGCACAGGUCAACAUCGUAUUGCUGGUGGCCACAACCUCAGGGUCGUCUCACCAGAACAUCGAACCUCUGGGAAAGAUGCACUUAAUGGACCUCUGUUAGGAUUUAAAGGGCUGACUUCUGCUCCUCGUGUCCGCCAAAGGGUUUUAGAAAAUGCUCAAGCUUUUGCAGGUCAGGGUGAUGUAUCAAACAUGGAAGCAACUCAGAUGGACGCAAAGCAGACAGUCCUCUUAAAGCUGUUUGACGAAAAUCACUUCUUUGUCUUACCGGCAUAUCAAAGGCCUUACUCGUGGCAGAAGGAGCAUGCUGAGGAUCUCCUUUCAGAUUUGUGGGAAGCAGCAAAUCAAGGCAGCGUUCAGAUCAGUGAACGGAGUCAAUGCCACCUGGGCCUCGUCACAGUGGCACGAGGCCCUCCCAUUGACUCACUGACCAACAAGCUGUCCAUGGUGGAUGGCCAGCAGCGUCUGGUGACCCUCUGCCUUAUUUUUGCCGCUCUGAAAUGCCGGCUGGAAAUGGAGCUAGAAAGCAAUGAGCUGUUGCCUGCAAAACGAGCCGAGAUCGAAAAGCUCGCUAAGAAGUUGGCUGAAGCGCUAUGGGACGAGGGGGACGUGGGUACACAGAGAAGCCCAGCACCAAGGGUUGAGCUCAAAAGAAAGGAUGCAGAGUUCUUCAAUGACCUGCUCCAAGACCCAGUAAAAUUCACCAGGCAGGACUAUGAUGCAAAGGUGUUGAAAGGGGAGACCCAGCAGAACAUUUGGCAGAAUCUGCAGUACAUCUGGUCGCAGAUUCGGGAGAGGGAUGUGGACGAGUGCAUCGACCUCUAUAGGUACAUGCUGCAGAAGGUGCUGGUGCUGCUGAGCCACUGCAGCUCCCACAACGACGCCAUCAAGUUCUUCAAAGUUACCAGCAACAGAGGGCUCGACCUGGAGUCCAUCGACAUAGUCAAGGCCACCAUGUGGGAGAGUAUUCCUGAGGAACAGCAGGACGAUUUUGACAAAAAGUGGGACGAGGCUGGGCGUGACCAUCUGUCGGCCACCUUCAAGGUGCUGUCUUUCAUCUACCUCGACAAGCCAUGCAAGGAUGAGAUGGAGGAGUUCACAAAAACGUACGCCCACUUCCAACUAGAAGGGCCGCAGUUUCUAGACAAAAUCCUGCUUCCAUUCGCAAGGACGUACGAGGAGCUAUUGAAAGGGGGGUACACGUGCAGCUCCGAAACGGAGGCGAGGGAGAUUGAGACCUUCCGGCGGUUGCUCUGGCGGGUCAAGCCGGGGUACGGACGGACGCUCCCCGGGUGGGCCCCCGUCGCGAUUCUCGCGUUCAAGGACUUCGCCCAUCACAGCGGGGCCCUCUUGCAGACCCUCGAGAAGCUCGACCGGCUCUCGAUGUUCAUGCUUGUGCGCGGCUGGAGCGUCAAGCUGCAAGACGAGCGCUACAAAACGGUGCUGGACAGUUGGGACAUUGCAACGAAACGCGGGCUAACGAGCGUGUCGGGAAGCAUCUGGGAAGGCUUGCCUCUGGAUCUGUCUCACAAGGAGAUUGAGGAGUUUCUCGAGGCGCUCGAGAAGCCGCUCUACACAAGCAGCCGGCAGAGUAGGCUCGUGAAGCUCCUGCUGAUGCGCCUGAACGAGUUUGACACGAUUCAGGGGGGUGCAAAGUAUGCCGACUUGUACCUGGAGACGAAUCUGUCCGUGGAACACGUGGCACCGCAAAACCCGGAUGACGCAGGAUGGAAGGAGCUCCUAAAGGACCAUCGACGGUACGAUGAGGCCGUGAAUAAGCUGGGAAACCUGGUUCUGUUAUCGGGGAAGAAGAACUCCGCAGCAAAGAACCAAGGGUUUAAGGAAAAGAAGGAGAAGAUUUUCAGCAAGCAGAACCGGCAGGGGACCUCAAACAACAUUCCGUUGACAGAUAAUCUAAAGGAGGUAACGGAUUGGACCUUCGAAGUGCAAGAAGAGCGUCAAAGGAACGCGAUUGCGUUGUGUAGACGGAUUUGGCAGCUCUACUCGAACAAGUAGUUCGACAUGGAGGUGCUUCGAGUUGGGCCAUACAAGGAUUGGUGACAAUCAGCAGGUAAAUGCCCGUAAAUGUGCGCACUACUGAAGAUCACUCAGUGCCAGCGUGAUGCCACGACUGGUCCGACGAGUGAGUGAGACCACGCUGGUUUGAGUGUUGAAGUCGCCCUUUAUAUAGGCGCUUUUGGACAAACCUGUUCCGUCUGCCGGGGCCGCUCACUGACAAGCCAUUGUACAUCGAUGCCAUAUAUGGCCAACCAU